AUGCAAACUACAACUUCAAAACCACUUGGUCAAGUAACAGCACCCCGCAAGAGCAACAACGGCAGCUAUUCCAAGAGUCAAAACAAGAAGAAAAAGUCGCCCAAGAGUCAUGGCAAUAACAAGGAGCGACCUGUGGGUCCACGUCCUGUAGCCCCACCACCUGUUUCUGGACCAUGGGGUAAUCCUACAGCCCCUGCAAAUAAUGCACCCCCACCGGGAUUUGCUUCGAGUCCAUUGAAAUCUUCUUUUAGUGAUGCACAUGUGAGAUUACUACGACACCGUGCUUUGUUUGCUUUCCGCUUCUUAGUAGGCAAAGCAGUCGAACUGCAGCUCGUGGACUCGGAUGAACGAUACGCUGGCAUUUUAGAUUGUGUGGACCCGGACGACUUCUCAGUUGUGCUCAAGAAUGCCAAGCGGCUGAGUAGUAAAUCCGAUGCCAUACCUUUUGUGGACGGCAGCACGGUGAUCUUUAAACGUCACCAGCUCGCACAGUUGGUGGCAGACGGUACGGUCAAUUAUACAGAUGGUGUGUUUGCGUCGGGGACGUCUACAGUUUCCGCUGGAUUUCGAACAGACACGGAGAUUAGCGGACGCAAGGAAGAGCAUUUAUUUGGACGUGAACUGGAGGCAGCGAGCUCAUGGCUGGACCCGGCGUUGGACACGGGCGCGCUGGAAAAUUCGGUUCCAAACGGCCGACGUUAUAGUAAGAAUCAGGGCAAAGCUGGAUGGAAUCAGUUUGAAGCGAAUGAAAAGCUGUUUGGCGUCGUGUCGACUUAUGAUGAGAAUAUUUAUACGACCAAGUUGGACAAGUCCAAGAUCUCCACCGAGCAGUCACGCACGGCUGAGAAAUUGGCACAAGAAAUUGAGCAACAGUCAGCUGCUGGAAAUUUCCAUUUGCAGGAAGAACGCGGACAGAAUUGGCGUGGCGGAAAACAUUUGAAUGACUUGGACGAGGAGGCACGGUACAGCUCAGUAGACCGCAGAGCUCCAGACAGCUUUGGUGAAAACACAUAUGUGCCGCCGGCUCUACGGAAAGCGCGAGGUCAAUCUAGCGCUGACAAGUCGCAGGACAGGACGAGCAAAGCGCUACCGACUAUCGUACCAGCCGAUGCCGCAACUCCGUCUCCUCCAGAUUCAGUGUCGGCUCCUGCGGCGUCCCCAACUGCAAUUGCCCCAAUUGCGCCAAAGCCGCUAUCCUUUAGCGAAGCUGUCACUGGUCGAUCCGCUGUUGCUGCAACCCCGGAGGCCGCGCCUAAAGCAUCCCCUAAAAGCCAGCCAGAAGAAAUGAAAGGAGCUGCUUCUCCGCAUAUAGCGGAGGCAUCUUUGCAGGUAAAUGAUAAGGGCAUAAAGACCACUUCUACAAAGUCAAAGAGAACUACCCCGAAGAAAAAAGAUGCAGCUAGUGGACAAGAGCAGAGGAUAGAGAGCAAGUUUGAACACAAGACUCAUAGCUUGUCAUCGUCUUCAUCUUCGUCGACGACAACUAAACAGCUGACAAAGAGUGAGACACCGAUGGCAACUUCCAAAAAGGCAUUGAACCCGAAUGCGAAGGAGUUCAAGCUGAGUGCUUCCGCAGCCGCGUUUACGCCAACCUUCGCGGUGCCGAAAGAGCAGACGUCGUCGCCAUACUGCGGCAGCUCACCAGUCCACAUGCCUUAUCCACAUCCUGGCGUAGGUUAUUCUCUGCCAAUACAAGAGGAAUGGGCGUAUGAUGGUGCCAUGGGCGGUGAAGAAGGUGGCGAGAUGGGCAUGCCUCUUUACAUGCAGGGCUGCUACACGGUGCCUAUGGGACCUAACGGAGUUCCUAUGAUGUACCCUCCUAUGAUGAUGCAGCACAACAUGGGCGUGAUGAGUGGUCAACGCAGCAAUUACGGUGGUUACCAGCAGCAGGGAUACAACCCUCAAGGGUACUACUCGCCGCCGAACGGUGGCCAUCCCGGAGCCAGUUUACCGUACAUAGGUGACCCAGGUAUGCCCGGAGGUGUAGGUCAUCAGCCCCCUCUACCCCCAACGCCUAGCGGCAAUGAGUCUCUCAGUGAAUCUCCUGCUAGUGUCGCUCUUCUCGCGGAAGUAGAAUCUGUUCCUGCACGCUCGAAACAAAUGGUAUCGGCUUUGAAGAAAAAGUAG